GCCCACAAUCAAUGUCAUACAAGGUCGUUUAUCGCCGGGCUCUAUUAUUAUUCUUCCCGGUGGCAAAGUCCUAUUUAUCCUGUAGGUUAUCCUGUAGGCCCCCCUAGCCCUUCUGCUUGUCUGUGCCUUUUGCUUGAAUAUGCAACCGCUCACCCUGGGAAUAAAGUCAACGCCUCGGCUGACCGCAACAUGUUGGCCCGGCCAUCUCACGCUGCGCGGUCGUCGCGGUCAUUGCUUACGGUUCCAAACGGCCUUUGCGGCGGCCCCAACCAACUCAACCUCAACCACCACGCCAACGACCUCACCAGCUGUCAGCUCCAGCGGCUCCGAAACCACCAUUCAGCAGCAACAGCAAGCAUUGUCGUACGAUCCUGCACUUGAUGAGGAGCAGCAAUUGUCGUACCAGCUAAGCGAUGUGGUCAUGUGGGCUGGGACCAGGCGGCUGCAGACGCAGGUCCUCCCCAUUGCCGAGGACACGCUCACCAUCCGCUCCCUGGACUGGGACCGGGACCGAUUCGACAUUGAGUUCGGUCUUGACAACGGCACCACCUACAACGCCUACCUCAUCUUUGGGGACCACAAGACGGCCCUGGUGGACACCUCGCAUGAGAAGUUCCAUGACCUGUUCCUGCAGGCUCUCCGCGCCCAGCUCUCCGCCGCCGGCCGCUCCCUGGACUACCUGCUUGUCAGCCACACCGAGCCCGACCACUCCUUCCUCGUCCCCGCAGUGCUGGACGAGCACCCGGACGCGGUGGUGGUGGGCAGCAAGGUGUGCCUGGGCUUCCUGCAGAACCUCACGCACAGGCCCUUCAAGUCUCAGGCCGUCAAGGGGGGGGACAAGAUCGACUUGGGUGGGGGUCACCUGCUCGAGUUCGUGAUGGCUCCCAACCUGCACUGGCCUGACACCAUGUUCAGCUUCGACCACGGCACCGGCGUGAUGUUCACAUGCGACGCAUUCGGGUCGCACUACUGCUCGCUGCGGCCCUUUGAUGCGGACGUGAAGAGCCUGCUGCCGCACUAUAGAUUCUACUACGACUGCCUGAUGAAACCCAACGCCAAGUCGGUGACCACAGCGCUUCGAAAGGUUAAGGACCUGCCGUACACCCUCAUCGCCAACGGCCACGGACCCAUGCUCAGGUACAACGUACCAGAGUUGGUUGGCGAUUACGGCCGUUGGUCCGCCGCCCUGGAGAAGGGUACGACAACGGUUGUCGUACUGUACUGCUCCGACUACGGCUUCUCAGACCGGCUGAGUCAGACGCUGGCAAAGGGCGUGACCAAGGCGGGUGUCGCAACGGAGAUGUUGGACCUACUGUCAGCCGACCCGCAGGAGGUGGUUGCGGCGGUGGGCCGCGCCUCCGGCCUCGUCCUCAUGGCUCCCCCAAACGACAACGCCGACGCACGCACCAGCCUGGCAGCACUCGUGUCAGCACUCAAACCCAAAACCAAGGUUGUGAUUGCGGAGUCGUACGGCGGUCGUGACGAGCCGGUUGACGUGCUGGCGUCGAGUGUGGUGGAUGUGUGGGGCGAGCUGCUGGCGCCGCCGCUGCGUGUGAAGGAGCUGCCGGGGCAGCAGGUGUACCAGCUGUUUGAGGAGGAGGGCACCGACCUCGCCCAGGCCCUCACCGCCAAGGCCUCCAUCGCGCGCAAGAAGGCCGCCAUGCCGCCCGACGUGUGUAAGGCCCUGGCGCGGCUGGCCUCGGGGUUGUACGUGGUGACGGCUCAGCACAACAACGCACGCAGUGCCAUGGUGGCGUCCUGGGUGUCACAGGCCUCCUUCGAGCCGCUGGGUCUGACCAUAGCAGUGGCCAAGGAUCGGGCCAUUGAGAGCCUGAUGCAGGUGGGUGACACCUUCGUGCUGAACUGCCUGGGCGAGGACACCUACUCGCCGCUCAUGAAGCAUUUCCUGCAGCGCUUCUCCCCCGGCGCGGACCGCUUCUCCGGCGUGGAGUGGUUCCCCGGCCCCCACACCGGCUGCCCGGUGCUGGCGGGCGGUAUCGCCUACCUGGAGGCCCGGGUGGUGUCACGGCUGGAGACGCCGGAUCACUGGGUGUCGUACUGUGAGGUGUUGGCGGGUGCGGUGUCCGACCCUGCAGCUCGAACCGCCGUACACCGACGCAGGGUGGCCAACUACUACUGAGACAGGAGGCGCGAGGAGCGAGGAAAGCAACGUUGGGGAACUCAACCUUGACGACUGCUCCUGUUGGGGGCGGGACGGUA